CAAACUGCAAACAGAAUAGGAAAAAAAGAAGAAGGGGUCUGCGACAAAAUUGAAGCUUUCUUUUUCAUCAGUGAAAAUGAAUGAAGAGAUGAACGGUGUCGAGGUGGAGAAUGAGCAAGAAAAUGUUGCUGAGAAGAUAGAUUAUGUGUAUAAGGUAGUGGUGAUCGGUGAUUCGGCAGUUGGGAAGACUCGGAUUCUGUCGAGGUUUACAAAGAAUGAGUUUUGCUUUGAUUCCAAGUCCACCAUUGGUGUCGAGUUCCAGACCAGGACUGUUACCAUUAAGAACAAACUCGUCAAAGCCCAGAUCUGGGACGCAGCUGGCCAAGAAAGGUACCGAGCAGUGACAAGUGCGCACUGUAGAGGUGCGUUGGGGGCAAUGCUGGUGUACGACAUUACCAAGCGGCAGACCUUCGAUCACGUUGCGAGAUGGGUGGAGGAGCUACGAGCUCACGCCGACAACUCUAUCGUCAUCAUGCUAAUCGGGAACAAAGCUGAUCUAGUGGACCACAGGGUGGUUCCGACCGAAGACGCGGUUGAGUUCGCGGAGGAUCAGGGCUUGUUCUUUGCCGAGACAUCCGCACAUAGCGGUGACAACGUGGAUAAAGCCUUUUUCAAGCUGCUCGAAGAAAUUCACGGCUUGCUCUUUAGAAAACAAUUGGAGUGUGGCAACGGUGUUGAUCACGCCACGGCAUUGAAAGGAUCAAAGAUUGAGGUGAUCGUCGGUCCUGAUUUAGAAAUAAGUGAGAUGAAGAAAUUAUCCACGUGCUCUUGUUAAAUUCCUUUUUUUUCCUCUCAAAUCAAGAGAAUGUUUGGUCUUUUACUUUUUGACCCUUGUUUUACUUCAUAAUUUCUUUUGUGCUU